AUGCGCUCCCGGCUUUACAGACACGCAGAACCGGAGCAGGUCGCCCAGAUGAUUGGUGCUAUGCAAACAGGGCCAUCGCAUCCAGCUCAGCCAAAAGCCGCUCGCCCAGUCAUACCACACUCCUCUUCUAGCGGUGUUCCCCCGCGAGUCCCGGUCUCGUCAGCAUCGUCACAUUCCCUGCAUCCAGCACACAACGGGCGCCCACCAGUCAGCGCACCUCCGAGCCAAUACCGUCCCUCACACACUCUCCAUCCCUCUCCCCCGCCGCAAAACUACGGCUUCGGACCACCACCAGCGCACCCGGUUCGGAAUCGCCCCCCACCGGUGUCGCGUCCACCACAAUCGCCGCAUCCCCCUCCCUUGUCCGUCACCAGUGAUGACCCGCAGCAGCUGUUUCCACUGUUCCGGGCGGCCAAUGUCUCCCACUCGGGCGCGCUGACGGAGCUGGAGCUGGGCUCCGCUCUGGUCAAUGGCGACUACACCUCAUUUCAUCCAAAGACUGUCAAGAUGAUGAUCCGCAUGUUCGACCGGAAUGGCAGCGGAACCAUCUCGUUCGACGAGUUUGUGUCAUUGUGGCGGUAUCUAGCGGCAUGGCGGGAGCUGUUCGACCGGUUCGACGAAGAUCGCAGCGGGCGCAUCAGUUUGCAGGAGUUUGAGAAGUCGCUGGUCGCAUUUGGGUAUCGGUUGAGUCAACCAUUCGUGACGGUUUUGUUUACGACAUUCGAGAGCAAGGGCCGGCAGAGGAAUGCAUCUGCGAUGAUGGGUCCAGCUAAGCUGGGCAUGAGUUUUGAUCUGUUCGUCCAGGCAUGCAUUAGCUUGCGUCGGAUGACGGAUGUGUUCAAGCGGUAUGACGAUGAUCGGGACGGUUAUAUAACGGUCAGCUUCGAAGAGUUUUUGACAGAAAUCAUACAACUACAAGACUAG